CGUCAGUUGGGGAGCAGCAGUUGUUCGGAGAGGUUAUCAUUUGUGCUUUCGCCCUUUUCUGCUUUUUGGCAAGGCAUACAGAUUAUAAUAUUCAUAGAGCGGGUUCUCUGAAAAUAGAAAGUAUUACCAAAAAAAGAUCAAUUUUUCAAUCCAGCCAUGACCAAUCCGGUGGUACCACCCGGCGUAGUCGGGCUUCCCUAUCGUUUUUCUGACGAGCGUACGGUCAAGUUCGUCGAGCUUUACGGCCGGGAACCUUGUCUAUGGAACAAGCGACCUUACCUACGGCGAGCUAGAAACGCAGCCUACCGGCGAAUUCAGGCGGGGAUCAAUGCUGACAUUGAGCCAUACGAAACAUGUCUGACCAUCCAGGGCGUCAAGAUGAAGAUCAAGAAUCUUCGCACUGGGUACCACCAGGAGCUGAAGAAGAUACGAACCAUUUCGGGCUAUCAGCCGAAGACGCCUUGGUUUGCCCCACUCCACGGAUUCCUGGCCGAGUUCUUGGACACGAAUGAAUUCGAAACAUCAACCACUCCGCAACUGAAGCGCCUACAGAUUCGUCUAACUAGGCUGAAGCCCAUCAAGCUCCAGACCGAGAUAAAACCGGAUCCAGAUGACAUGUCUGUCCCAGAGAUGCCAUCGAUUCCCACACCGUCGUCCUUGUUUACUGUCCUUCCAGCACCGAUGCCCAUGGAUCAGCCACCCACCCCGCCGCCAUCGCUGCCCAAGAUCGCCGAGAUCAAUACAGCUCCACUUUCGGCACCUGCCCAGAUGCCACUCCCCAUGUCGACGGCCUGCUCCCUUUCCGAAAAGAGUGAGGUUUUGGGAUUGGGAAUGGGAUCAUCGGUAGCUGGAAGGACGAAUGGAGCUGGACUGGGUGUGGGCAUGCGAGGUGAAGACGAAUUCACCUUCUUCGGACUCAGCGUAGCUGCUCAGAUCCGAAACAUGCCAUUGGCCAGUGCUAUGGUGAUGCAGUCCAAAAUCCAGUACAUGAUCUCCAUGGAGCGUCGCAAGAUAGGCGGACACUCGUGCGAUGUGGAUAUCUUUAACUGAAAACCAGUGAGGGAAAUCCUGACUUAAAAGUUAUCUUUUGUUUUUCAUAAAAAGAACAUUCCUUAAAACCUAUCUGUGAAUACGAUUCUCAGUUAUUUUUUUUGAAUAACUUGAAGAAAUACCUUUAGUUUAAGAACUAACCAAGAUUGUUUUUGUAGGAAAACACUUCUGCAGUUACAUAUUGUGCUAAACUCAAAACUGAAAAGA